AUGGUAUCCGGUAACAAUGUUUGCAGUUCUAAGAAAUGGUAUGAGACUCUGCAAAAUGUGGCAGGCCCCAAUUUCUUGAGUGUAGGGCUUACACGUGUCCUAGGUGGCAGAGUCAAUGGUGCGUCUCCAUCUUACACGAUUGGAGAAAUGGUAAAUGCUCUCAAAACGGCUGGGACCAAGUAUAUCAUGACAGUGAAGAGCUCCAUCAAAAUGGCGAGCGAGGCUGCUAAGGAAGUCGGUAUCCCUUCUGAGAGAAUCUUGUUAAUGGACGGGGCCCUCGAAGGCUAUCAGUCGAUCCAGCAGCUCUCAGAAGUUGGAAGAGGUUACGAUCUUGGUAGACAAAUCCCAUUCUACUCGAUCCCGGCAGGUCAGACAAACGACGUCUGUGGAUACCUGAACUUUAGCAGUGGUACAACUGGACUUCCAAAAGCUGUAAUGCUAUCACACAAGAACAUCAUCGCCCAAUGCCUCCAACUCGCAGAUGCCGCAGGCCCCGAGAAGAAGCGUUUUCUUGCUUGCUUACCAUUAUUUCACAUCAGCGGCCUUGUGAGGUUCCUUCACUGGCCAAUCGCUAGCAACGAUGAGUGCGUAAUGCUGCCGCAUUUCACUUUGGAGAAUGUACUGGAGGCCAUCGUCAAUUACCGGAUAACUGAUUUAACUCUGGUGCCAGCAAUUGUGAUCAGGCUCAUAAAUGAUCCCAUCGUCGACAAGUACGACUUGACAAGCGUAAAGGUGAUUGCCUGCGGAGCCGCUCCCGUGGGGAGUGAAGUGAUCCAACGGCUUCACGACAAGAUGCCAUGGACCGGAUUUCGACAAAGUUAUGGUAUGACCGAGUCCUGUUGCUGCUUAAGCACCCACCCACCUGAAUUCUACGACUACAAGUAUGGAAACAAUGCAGGAAAAUUGUUGGCUUCUACUGUCGUGAAGAUCGUUGAUGUGGAUACUGGUAGAGAGCUUGGGCCAAACGAGACGGGCGAGAUCCUCGCCAAAGGCCCUCAAAUCGCGAUGGGAUAUUUGAACAACGCAAAGGAAACGGCCGAGACGUUUGGCACCGACGGAUUCUUACGCACAGGGGACAUUGGGAAGAUUGACAGCGAAGGGUUCAUCCACAUCGUCGACCGAAUCAAGGAGAUGAUCAAAGUCAAAGGCCAACAAGUUGCUCCCGCUGACCUGGAGCAAGUCCUCCUGGGUCAUCCAUAUGUAGCAGACUGUGCUGUUUUAGGCAUACCGGACGCCUACAGCAGUGAGAAGCCAAAGGCGUUUGUCGUUUUAAAGAGCCACGUCAGGCCGAAUGCUGCGGCUGGUCAUGAACUUAUGCAGUAUGUCAAGGAGAGGCGUGUGCGGUACAAAUGGGUCAAGGAGGUUGAGUUUGUGAAUGAGAUUCCGAAAGGGCCGAGUGGUAAGAUCUUGAGGCGAAUACUGCGAAACACUGAUAGGAAGAUUCCAGGACAAGUGGUGGUCAAGGAUGUUUCUUCCUCGGCUAGACUUUAG